CUGUCAUGUGGAGGAUCCCAUCAAGCUCGCAAAUCAUGAAUAAAGACCGCUUUGUCACUGUGCUUGCGUCGUCAGUCUCGUGCUGUUACAUCAUCAACCAGUCGCAGAAACAUUUAUCCCUCGGUCAUGGCUAACCCAUCCUUCGUGCUCCGCGCUAUCAAAGAUGUGGCUUUUGAGAACAGAGACAUACCGAAAUUGCGCGACGAGUACGAAGUGAGAGUCCAAAUCGCGCAGACUGGGAUUUGUGGAAGUGAUGUACACUAUUGGCAGAGAGGUCGCAUCGGGGACUUCAUACUGAAAAGUCCUAUUGUUCUUGGUCAUGAAUCUUCCGGAACCGUUGUUGAGGUCGGAGCAGCAGUUCAAAAUUUGAAGCAGGGUGACCGUGUCGCCAUAGAGCCGGGCGUGCCAUGUCGAAGGUGCGACUAUUGUCGUGAUGGCAAGUACAACCUGUGUAACGAUACUAUAUUCGCCGCUACACCGCCAUGGGAUGGAACACUUGCCAAAUUCUACACAGUUGCAAGCGACUACUGCUACAAAAUCCCAGACUCCAUGAAUAUGGAAGAAGCUGCCAUGGUCGAGCCAACUGCUGUCGCCGUGCAGAUAGCCAAAGUUGCUGAUCUGCGAGCAAACCAGACUGUGCUCGUCUUUGGUUGCGGUCCAAUCGGAGUUCUUUGUCAAGCAGUAGCGAAAGCAUACGGUGCUCGAAAAGUCAUUGGAGUUGACGUUGUGAAAUCACGACUCGAUUUUGCCAAGUCGUAUGGUGCUGACGCAGUGUACUUGCCACCAAAGCCCGACCAAGGAGUUGACCCUGUAGAACAUUCCGAGGAGAUUGCGACUAUGAUCAAGCAGGAGUUUGGUCUUGGCGAGGGGGCAGAUGUGGUUCUUGAGUGCACUGGAGCCGAACCAUGCAUCCAGACAGGAGUCUUUGCCACGAAGAAAGGUGGUACCUAUGUCCAGGCCGGCAUGGGCAAGGAGAACGUGCUCUUCCCGAUAACGACAGCAUGCAUCCGAGCCCUCGUCAUCAAGGGAUCCAUCAGAUACACCAAGGGCUGCUAUCCGGACGCGGUACAUUUGAUUGCUACAGGCAAAAUCGACGCAAAGAGGUUGAUUACCAACAGAUUUAAAUUCGAAGAGGCAGAGAAAGCAUUCGAACUAGUCAAAGCUGGACGAGAAGAUGUCUUCAAAGUCAUUAUCGAAGGCGUUCAAAGUUGAAAGUACAGGUAUCCCAAAUCUUACGCUCGCCUCCUAUGAUGGAAUUCAGAGAAGAUCCUUCUGAGUGCUGUCACUCCGUCAAAGGCAGCGCACCUUACGUGUAGUCGCGAUUGAGAAUGUAUGCAUGUUGCAGUGGUGUGACAGACUGCCUCAAUCUCUACAGUAAGGAUCAAAAUUGUCCAGAUAGUUCAAACGUGAUGUUUAUACAACAUGUUGAAGGUACAUCAGGAAGCUAGAAAGCUGUCAGGCAC